CACGAGUCAAAAGCUCCGCAAGAUCAAGGCUGGAUUCCAAUAAAUAAUUGGGCGAGGCUUUCUCACUAUUUAUUCUCUCGGCCGUAGUUUCGUUUCAACCGCUCCCACGAAUGCGUCAAAUGUGGCUUUAGAUCUCGGCUCGCUGAAACUUAUAAACGCUUCGCAGUAAUAACUGAAUAGGAAGCAAGUAAUUAAACUUAAAUAUACUAGGGCCUCUGUGCGCGAUUUAUAUAUGUGAUCUAGAUACUAUGUAUGUGUCUAGAGUUAAAAUGGCAUUAUACUUAAUUGGAAUAUUAUUCCUCGUGUUUACUGCAAACGGCAGAGUUCAGCGGGAUUUAAGCAGUGUUCGUCGUGAUGCAGGGGAUGAUGCCAUGCCAAAGAGCAGUUUUGAAAAGGAAGAUGUCGGCUGGACCAAUAUCGAUGCCGAAGUCGACGUUGUGACGCCCAUGGUGCUUGCCCAUCUUCAAAAGCUGGGCAUAGAACACUUAGAGCUUCCAGACAUGAAAGAGAGUAUUUCUAUUCAAUUAACUUUGAAGAAGCCUUUCUUCAUCACCUACGAGGCUGGCCUUCACCUCACCAACGGAAUUGUUUACAACCUUGCUGGAAUACAAAGACACAACAAUGCCUAUAUGACAUAUGAGGGAAAAUCGUUCUUGAGCAAAUUUUAUUUAAAAAUUAAUAAACUUCAGUUUGAAUAUAACUUUUUGCUAAAGCUAAUGGCAAUUGAGGGAUAUGGAAAAGUGAUUGGCUCAUUAGAUGACACGAUUGUUUAUGCUGAGCUCGCUGUGAAUGUAAUUAAUUCAAAGCUUCAUCUUCACGACUUUCGCAUAAUUGAAUUCAGCAAUAUUCAUGUACAAUUGGAUCAAGCUCGUUUAAUUCGGGAAUUCACAGGAAUUAUUUUAAGUCCUAUAACAAACCUUUUCAAAGAUCGAAUCACAACAUCAAUUGCUGAUGGACUUAAGGAACAAAUGCAAUCGGUAAUGGAUGAUUUUAACAACGAGGAUCCCUUGGAGUUACGUAAAUUUACUAAGAAAUUAAUAUCAGGAAUAACAGGUUCUUCGGCAGAGUUUAGUGAGUAAGUUAAGUAUUAUUAUGGUAACAGGAAAACUGAAAAAAACAUUUGUUUUUUGGAAAACUAAAAUAAAUAUUCAUCAGGGGCAUUAAAUGGCAGUACAAA